CUGCUGGGUGCGGUGGAAGCGUGCCCUCGCCAGGUUCAGGCUGUGGCACAGGAGGAUCUUCCAGCGGUUGUGGAGGUGGAUCUUUUAGUGACCCCACCAGCAGUCGAGGAAGAGCUGCGUUGGCGACAGGAGUUGAGGUGGAAGGAGGAGCUAUCCAUUUGCAUGAGGAUGUCCUGAUGGAGGAAGACAUCGUCAUGCAUGAGCAAGAGCUCCUUUUUGCUAUCGACGACGACCUCUCCCGACAGGCCUCCAAUGCAGUAAAGCUUUCACCGGCAAUAUCGAACCUCAGCCCUCCCGCAGGAGACGCGACACCCUCCAGACGAAGCAAUCAAAGUAGGAGGAGUAAGCCGUCUUUCUCAACAUCAAGGACCAUAGAAGGUGGACGUGGAAGUCGAGGAGCAAAUAGGCAAGUGGGAAUCGGAGUUGAGCAUUAUCCCGUUGUUGACGAAGAGACAGGAGCCAAAGCUGAUGACGUUGUUGAGGUGCGGUAUGUGUCAGAAGCGGAGGAAAAAAGGAGAUAUUUUGCUGCGUGGGAUGACGAUGAUGACGAUUUUCUAGGCGGGUUCUCACUCGUUGGUGGAGGAACAAACUCCACAACAACAUCACCUGGCAUUGACCACCAACAUCGUGACCACGAGGAACACUAUCUAGAGGCGGGCAGUCCAAUUCUGGCGCCACCGUCGGGAGGAAUGGUGAUGGAAGAUUUGGAGGAUUUGUUCUAGACGAGGGUCGACGACGAAGAGGAAGGUGGUGGAAGAGGAAGGUGUUGGAAGAGGAAGGUCGUAAGACUUGCUAUUGAAGAGGACAUGAUCACUUAAAAAACGUGGUGAUCAUUUCGAUUCAGCCAUCAAUCAUUGUUGAGCCUAUCUGUGGCGUUGUAGCUUCUUUCGGUUGUCUAGAGUACUUACUAAACUUCGUUACUUCAAGUUGAGCAUUGACAUGAUUACCACCACCACUACCACGUCGGGCGGCGUUAUAAUGGUCUGGUUGUAACGCCAGAAAGCAGCAAUCCUUUCUGACAUGUAAGUAAGUGGUUGGGAACAACGAGACCACGAUUUAGUGGUCUUAACAAAUGCGAAAUGCGAGCACUAUUCCUGCAGCUCUCUUUCUCUUUGAUCAUGAUGAUGCUGUCAUCGUCACGACUAACGAGGUACGAGGAUCAUCCUUCGUCUUAGUUGUGUGAGUGGUAUAAUGAAUUGAUUUUUUCCUCUCGUGAGUAUUCUUCAGGUUGAAAGCUGCUUGGAGUUGCAAAGAGUGACUUCGCCCAGACGGCGAUCGUGCAUUGAGUUUGUCACAGUAGCCAAAAUGGGAACCACGUUACACUGACUUACGACUAGAUUACUUUCCUCAUGAUUUCGCUUUCGACGUCCACGCACCCGCUCUUUUUUUCAGCGAGAAUAACCCGACUACUUACAACAAACAUUGAUGAAACGUUG